CCCUGAAGGCAGCAACGGAGCAGAGGAGGAGUAGCUGAGGGUCUCGGAGCGGUGAGUCCCGUUAAAGUCCCGUUUAUUCCUUCUGGUUCGGGGCUUUUUCCGGUCCCGGUCCUGAGCAGGCCGAACCGGACCCAUGGGGCGCAGCGGGCCGGAACCGGGACGUCCUGAGGCCGCAGCGGGAGUCCCACGCCGCCGCCGAGGGGCAAACAUGUCUGCUCCGGGGCUUCGCGCGUGCUUACGAGGGUCUAAGCGCGUGCACGUCAUUGAGUGACAGGUAAAGCGCGUGCAGCGUGAGGUUCGGUCCGGUUCGGGUGGUCUCUGGGUUCUAUUUGGCUGCAGGUUCGGUCUGCAGGGUCCAACAGCUGCACGCUCCAUUAGCGGACUGCAAGUCCCAGAAUGCUUUGCAGGAAUCCUGGGAAAGUUUUCCGGAUCCAGUAUAAGAUCCUGAAGGAGCGAGGCGUUUCCGGUUCUGAUCUCUGGUCCAAACGGUCAGCUCAGCUCCUCCAGAGGUUCGGGUUACCAUGACAACCAACCAGAGGCCAGCUGAGCCGACAGGCUGCGUCCAGCUCCAGAGCAGGGUGGAGGCUCCGGCAUGGUGUGGGGUUGAGUUAAUGCAGCGCCACCUGGAGGCUCUCAGCAGCAUGACGGCAGCAUUUCUUGUCUUUGACGUGUUUGUUUCUCCUCCAGGUGUUUUGAUCAGUCUAUUGAUUGAUGAUUGGCAGCUCAUCAGCUGAUUGGCUCAUGAUAACAACCAAGCAGAAUGGACUCUGAGGCCACGCCCCCAGACCGCAGGACUCAUCCCGAUUGGCCAUGUUAGCAGAGGGGACGCCUCAUCCUAAGAUGGAGCAAUUGGACGAGCUGAGCUUAGGGGCGGGGCUUGAAGUGGCAGAGGAAGCAGGACGUGGUGAGGAGGAGGAGUUCUGUGACCAGCCUGAACUGGAGGACGCUCCGCCGGACGCCAUAACGAUGGAGCAGUGCUGGAGGCGGCACUUCCCAGACCUCCGGCGCUGCUCGGUCGUCCUCCUCAGGCUUCCUGCGGAGAUGCUGCGGCGGGGCGGGGCGGAGAGGAGGCGGAGCCAGCGGGUCAGAUCACGUGACCUGCGGUCCGGCUGGGACUGGAUGGAGCCGCUGGACCUGGAGAACGGUGGCACCGGAACCCGAGGCUUUGUCAAGAAGGUGGAGGUGAACACCCCUGAAGAUGAGCCUGGGAAACCCCAGAGCAGGCUGCGGCUGACACGACGCCUGGAGCCGCCCUCUUGCCCCGCCCACCCAGAUGACGGUGCCGCCCUGGGUGAGCCGCCGGAGAGCGACCACACCUACUGCAUGGGCUUUAAUACACCUGAGAGCAGCAGCCAAUCACUGGAGGACAGGCCGCCAUCCCGGUUGUCCAGCGGGGCACAAAGAGACGGAGACGACCUCUGCUCACCUGCAGAGAAGAAGAAUGUGCCGAGUGUGGUGCUGAGGAAGGUGACAGGUGAUCAGUGGGUCCUCAGGACUGGAUCUGUGAAAGAAGAGGAAGAGGAGCAUGAAGAGAAGGUUCAGAAUCUCUUCUGCCCACCAUGUGACCUGCUGCUGCCCUGUGAUUGGCUGAAGAACAAGAAGAGAGAUGAGACUUUAGCAUUAGGACAGAAGAUGCGUCAUGUUGUACAGCGCCGCCAGGCCUGCCGGAGCUGCGCUGCGUGUCUGAGGGAGAACUGCGGCGUUUGCACGUUCUGCCGCGACAUGAGGAAGUUCGGCGGUCCGUCCCGGAUGAAGCAGAAGUGUGUGAGGCGGCGCUGCCUGCUGCUGAGCGCCCGGAAACAGCCGACCAGGCAGCAGACGGAACCGUCCGACCCGGUCCGACCCGGAGACGACACCGACUCUGCGGACGCCCAGCGGGACGGCGUUCACCGCUGGAGACACAAGAGGAUGGCAGGAAGACGAGAGGAGAUGGGGAAGAAGAUGUGGAUGAAGAGGAGGCGGGGCCAGGGGGGCGGAGCCUCUGAGACUCUAAACGGCUGGAUCGGUCCGCUGAUGAAGAGCGAGGAAGAGGAGACGCCAUUGUUCACUGGCGCCAGUGGGACCAGUUUGGCUCCAACUGGGACUCACCUGCAGUGGAACCUGACCCUGGACAGCAGCCACCUGUCUGCCUCCGUCCUCUCUGACUCCGCCCUCACCUGUCUGUCCGGCCUGCUGCCUCAGGACGGAUCCGUCCUCCACGUCUCCACAGGCCUCACCUUCAUCCCUCAUCCUCUCCCUCACCUUGCUGCCGUCCAAUCGCCCGAGCCGAAGGAGGAGGAGCAGCCAAUCAGCAUCGAGCUUUACGGCGGGGAGGCGGAGCUUCGGACCGGGACAUCUGAGGGGGGCAAGUUCUACGAAGUGGAGGUGGAGCUGCCAGACCCCGAGUCCGACCAGAACGCCAUGACAUCAUCACCGGCGUGCUCUGACAUCACCGCUGACAUCAUCUGCAGGCGGCCGGACUUUAUCUCAUUGGAACCGCAAGGGUUCCGCCUGUUGGGGGGCGGAGCCAUCCGCACAGGGGGGCGGGGCUUGUUUCGUCUGCUGAAGAUGCUGAGGAGGACGGUGCUGCCGGCGCAUUGGGUCGCCGUGAUGGCUGCAGGACCGGAGCUGCAGCUGCUGCAGUGCUGCAGGCUGUCCUCCAUGAGGGACGCCAUCGUCCACGUCCAAUCGGAUCACAGCUUCCGGGUCAGCGUGCGGUCCCGCCCGCUCCCUGACAGCCACCGCCUCUACAGGGAGUGCGCUCACAGAGUCGCUCACCUGAGCCAGCUGGUGUCUCUGCUGCUGGAUCUGGAGCGACUCGCCGUCUGCCGUGGCUGCAGGGUUCAGGUGGCGUCCCGUCGGUUGCUGCUCCGCUCCGCAGACUGCCACCUGCUGGUGGCUCCGCCCUUCCACACCUGCCUGCCAUGCCUGUUGGAGGAAGAGGAAGAGGAAGAGGAGGGUGAAGAUGAAGAUGGAACCAUGGUGGAGGAGUUCCAGUCUUGUUAAAGUGCCUCACCAUGUGGGGCCGGGGCUUCUGGGUAAUGGAGUCCAUCAGCUCCAAACGUUUCUACCUCAGGUUUUUACUACUGAACAGUUCAUCAGAACCGAGUCCGGUCCGGUCCGGUCCAGGACUUCUGGCUAUUUUCUGCUGUUUCCCUCUGAAUGUUUCUGUUGGUCCUAAAGAGAUUUUUCUACUUUUGAUACGUUUAUAAAGAGUUUUUC